UGUGUUUACUUCCGGACUCCGAUUUAGACUCCGCUCAGAAAGCAGCAGCUCCAGUGGAGGUCCGGGCUGUCAGCUAUAGCACGGUAGCCAUACAAGGCUUCAUGACAGAGGUUACCGAUUUGACCAGCGGCAUCCCCAACGGCCAAGCUCUCGGCGCCACUGCACACCGGACACCCGCGACUCCAGGCAGACCCCGAACCGCUGUCCUGCUCUCCUCCGCUUCCUGCUCAAAGUCACUCAGUGCGGCGCUCCCGCUACCAGCUAACCGACUGAUCUGACUGUGUCACUGCCGCUCCAUGAUCCGAGCCAGCUGAGGAUCAAAACAAGGACAAUCGCUCAAAGUUGAAGCGGCGUUUGCGUUUGACCGACCAGGAUCCAGCAGCCGGGAGAGAGACACGAGCCCCGGGGAGGGCGACCGGACUCGCGGGCCAGGGCAGCGAGGGUGGUGGCUGGAUAAACUAGGGGGUCGCCUCCAGCACCUGGUGGAUUCAUCCCCUGCUAGCUAACGUUAGCUAAGCUAGCCACAAACAGCGCCAUGGAUUGGUUAAUGGGGUGAGUACAGACCGCUAACGUGCCUAGCCAGCUUACUCUCCUCUGUCAGGUCAACUGCGUAGUCUUUCUACUGCCGACUGCAAACGUACUGCACGGUAGCAGUCACCACCGGAGUCCGCAGUAGACAGGUGCAUUGUCGUACUGAAUGCUGUUAAAUUCCCACUCAAACGCAUUCGCACAGCCACAAGCGGGUAGCAUGUUGCCUAGCUUAGUGUAGCUCUGCGAUGCUAGCUCGAUAGCAAAGCUGGUAACGGUCUCAUCCUGCAGCGGUAAACCAGCCGGACUGUUACCCAGGGCCAGGCGGUAUUUUGGUAUCAUCUCUGCGGCCCGCAGACACCCAGCCAACGGUGGCAGUGCCCAGAUUAGGUUAUGAGAAUAUUUCUGUAUUGCUGCACAGGGAGUCUAUUUAUAGGAAUGAUUAACACAGCAAAUGGGGCUAACGUUAGCAACCUGUCAGUCUUGCUAACGCGGCGGUUUUAGGUUUAUUUCCUGUGCAAGGUGCGCUGGCCGCUUUCACGAGACCUGCCCGUCAUCAGGCAUGCUGACUUCACGGUACCUUUUGGGACGCAACAGAGGUUUUGGUGACAACGAGCUCAUUGGUGGAGGAUACAGCUUUUAUACUUGUGAGAUGGGAACCUUGGAGAGGGAUGAAUGAACAUUAUGGAGACGUUGCUUCAUGGCAGCGAGUAAUUUCACUGAAACACAAUAUAGAGUUGUCAUUAAGGUGGAGUGUAUUUAUUUAACCUUGAUGGUGCAGUUUGUCACUUACUGUUUGCUUAAUACAGCUGGAGUCAUGGGUUUGGGUGAGAGCUGCAAGCGCUACUGAAUGAGAGACACCUGCCUCAGUGUUACACCUGCUAUACAGCCAAACACCAAGGCUGUGGUCACUGUAUCCAACCUGUGACAUCGGUGUAAGUGACCAGUCUUGCAUGUACUUAUGUAUUUGCUAUGCAAACUUAAAGUCACCAGGUUGUCUGGACUUGCACAGUAAGGUGUGUCGCUGUGAGAGUUUCCUCUUUGCUGACUGGUAUCAGUGUGGCUGGCAGGCAGCAGCACUUCGCCAGUAGAUUGGGGCUGAGGAAGGGUGGAAGCAUGUUAUCAUGGGUGGUUUUUUCACAUCAUAACAUUUUGGCUUAGAGAUAACAAUGCUGCCCCUCUAUACCCCCAACCAGAGUACCGGCGUGUGCGGCAUAUGAGCUAAAAUACUGCUCCUGGAACUGCUUGGUUUGCAUGUAUCUAUCUUGUCUUUUCCACCAUUUUUACCAAACAGUCUCUGUUUCAUCCAAUCUUGGUAGAUUGUAAAUUUGGAUGACCCUGACAAAAAUGAUCAUGUGUUUUUGGUAUUUGUAUGCAUGGCCUAUUUCAAACAUAAUAUAGCAUUGUGCAGUUGAAACCAAACAUAAUUGGUUCUCUCUGAAAGCUCCUGACUCUAGUUUUCCUGGUGUUGGUAGCCGGUUCUUGCGUCGACUUGUUGCAACAGUUCUCUCCGUUGUAUAUGUGAUUUAUAGGUCUUAACCUCCCCCCCCGUCACUCCCAUGAAAUAAUUAUAUUAUUUGCCCAAACACUUGGUGCGGUCGGAUUAAACUGGUUUGCUGAGUGAUCUUUCAGGAAUUCAAAAGCAACACCCAGUUACGUCUUGGUGGUAGAAGAGUGUAAACAAGAAGGCAGAUGUCUUCCUGUGUUUGCAAACAAUCAGGAUUAUUGGGGAUUUUCACUAAAUGUAGUUGAUAUUAAAUCACACUGACACUCAAUCUUUGUGGAGUGACACCUUUUUAAAUGAGUCAUUGUGUCAUCACUCAGAAAAACUAUAAUUUCUUUUAUUCAUGACAAAUUAAGUAUGGUAUCUACAAUGUGGCGUCAGUGUCAGCUGUCUAUUUCUGUAUUACCUUUUCCCCCUCUGACCAGGUCUAAUUUGUGUUUACCUUCAUUUGAAACCUGCACAUUGUCGACUGUAUCGAUGCGGGCGAGGUGUGUAUGUGAGCUGAAUGCAACUGAAGCGAGCGGGCGUGUGCGUCACUGACGGAGUGGAGUCCAUGAAUGAGUUAAACAAGCGUGUAAUCAUUCUGAAUUUUAGACCCGGGGAGAAGGACGCCACAGCCAGUACCGAUGGGGAGGGGAGGGAGAGGAGGAUGGAAGAAAGAGAGAUGGUUGUGAAAGUAGCUGAUUUGGGGAGAAAUGUGGAGGAGAGAACAGAAGGAAAAAAGCGUGAUGAAUGUAAUGGCAGAGACUGAUGAGGGGAAAGGCAGGGCGAUCUAAAGGGAUGGAGGAAUGGGAGACGGCAGGUUUGUGACCCAUGGAGGAAGGAGAUCUGAAUGCUUUUGAUGGAAUGGUUGAUUAGGGAGGAAAUUAGCAGGUAGGGGGGAGGGGUGGUGUAGUUGAUGGGAAGGAUGAAGCUCCACAGGGAAUCAAAUUGAGGUCUCUAGCAGAUGACGGCCUACUAAUGACAUUGUUCCCCCUGUGGCCUCUGCGGGAGGCUUAACAACGGUGUGUGUCAUUCAUGUGCUUGCAUUAAAAUAUAAGCAACAAUGUUGUCUGCGAGCUAAAUUCAGUGCAUUUAUUUUGGUGCAUUAUUUCAGAGCCGAAUGACCUCAUCCGUCCCGAUUCAGAGUCGGGACAGGACGUUAAAUCACUGGAGAGAUGCGUGACGCCUAAAUGUCUCUCUUUCCUGCCGGGUGGAAUGGACGGGCUUCGACAGAUGUUUAAUCCCCUCGCUCUUGAGUGAUGGAUUGGUAAUGCUGAACGCAGAGCGAGAGAAUGGAAACUACAGCAGCUAAGUGGAGCGCCACUUUAGGCCGCCUGACCGGAGCACGAGACGGGAUUUAAUGUAGGCUACGCUUACUGUAGCUCGCUCUGCAUCACCUGUGACUUAAUGGUGCAUGGGCAUCAUUAUCCUGCACGAUGGGAUUAAUGCGAGUAAUAGUGCGAAAGAGUCACUCGCUUGUUGUAUCCUCUCAUUUUGUGGCAUAAUUAUCAUUGGGUUCUCGUAUUUGAGAAGCCAACGCUUGAUUUGAACAUGUUUUUCUGCAAGAUCAAAAAUAAUAUCAACUGUAUAUCAGAUUAGUAGUUUUGUAAGUUAGGCUGAUGCAACACUGAUAUGUUUGAGAAAGUGUUCAUCUUUCCCCCCGAAAUAAGAAAUCCAAACAACUUUAAGAACUAUGAGGUUUGCUCUGGAAAAUGUCCAGAUGCCUUUGAACCAGGCACUGCUGCAGUUGAUAACGAGAGCAAAUGAGAUAAACGACAUCAGUGAUUGGUGUUGUGGCAGAAAGAGAAGUGGAAUUUACAAGAACCACUUCAAGACUGAACUUCCUCUUCAGCAGACGACGUCUGUCUCGUUCACUGUGGCUCACACCUAAGAAAGAACUGUGGUUUGGUGUCUUAGAGUAGCUGUUUACAGCAGAAUAGUACAGGAUGGUGUUCCUUAUCGCAUCGCAGCAACAAAGUGUGUUGAAUAUGUAAACAUAAGCAUAUAAAAUAUAUAUAUUACAGUGGAGGAAAACACUUUGCCACUCCAUAUCUGUCAGGAUGUACAGCGGCUCCACCUAUAGAACAGAAGUUAUUCAAACUAAUUCUUAAAAACCUUUUCUAAAGAUGUACCUCUAUACACGGUGCUCAACCCAAGCAUGAGAAACUCUGUGCAAGCGUUUUGUGUGGUGGUGGUUUUAGUUUCAUUCUGAGGCUGCAUGUUUUGAGAAAUAUUUCUUUCAUGCUUCCGACUUGCUCUGCGUGUAUAUGUAGAUGUUCCCUACUGCCUUAUUUCCAUCUCCACCACACACACACACACACACACACACACACACACACACACAGACGUCUGACUCUGCACACGCUGUUGCACACGGAGCCCAGGUGUCUGUUUCCGCUGCUGAUAAUGCGCCGUGGCAGAUGAGCAGACAUCAUCUCGAGGCAGUCACCUGCUCGAGAAUAGCAACUAACCGACGCUGUCACCGCGUUGCGUGGUCUAGACGGGGAUGGAGUCUGACUUUGCUGUAUUUAUUUCUAGCUUCACAAUCCAUCGUGUUUCUCUGGUACACACUGUUCUGUUAUUAGGGCUGACCUGAGGGCAGUGUAGUAGUCGGCUUAGCAGAAGGUCUGAGUGUGCCCCUGCUUGUUACUGUUACAGUGAAGACAUCUUCCAUCCGUGUGUCAGAUCCCGCAGUCAGGACCCCGUUCUGUUAAGAAUCAAUUUAUUGCGUCUGGCACUAAAGUUGCUUUACGAAUACACACACCAAAGGCGGCCCAGGCCAAGACUUUUUAAGACCACGUAAGCCAGCCAAACCUUUAGUGACAUUGUUGUUUUACAAAUUGGACUCGUGUUGUGGGUGGCAGGUAGCCCAGUUCCUCAACACACACUGGCUGCCCACAGCACCCAACCCUGAGAGAAAUGACACCCAUGUUUCACAUCAGUUGUUUUGACUUCCUUUGACUGAUGGCGUUAGGUGCAUCAACUUAUUCAUACACAGUUUUAAGUUUCACGUGUCGAUACCGGAGUUGAGCUGUUGUGCGGUUGAUUAGGCCCGAGCGUUUCUGUUUCAUUAGAGUAUCGCUCAAUGGUCAGGAAAAUAUCAGCCCCUGUUAAAUGCAAUCCAAUUUCUCAGUCCUGCAAUAACUACUACUGUACGUCAGGCCGUCAGAUAUGUGUUGACUCAAAUAAUACUACGUCCACCUCCAUUUGCUUACAAGGGGGAGAAAAUAUUGGAAACGCCACGAAAUAUUGCACCUCAAACAUUGCCAUACGUGUUGGUUCAACGGCAAAAAUACAGAUGUUCGAAUCGGUGUUUGAUGUUUCUCUCCUCAUUGGUUUGUGUGCCUUGGGCCCAGCCGCAUGCUUCGGGCUGUCCUGCCAUGAUGUGCUGCCGUGCUGAGGGAUUGGCUGAAUGACGGGAAGGCUAGUUGGUUUGUUUGCUCCCCAGAAAAGGCAUCUUAGUCACUUUCAACCCUCCAAGUCACUCUGUCGUUCACUCCCCGGCUCUGUUUGUUUCUCUCUUUUCUCUUUUUUUCUCUCGCGGGACGCUGAUGUGCAGAGACGGUUGCGUGCUUGACUGCUGCCUGAGCUGGACUGUUGAGCCGCAGAGAGCGAAGGCAGCGCUGCGCAGGCCCAGGGCAGCCUCAGCCCUCUACGGGAAAUGUUAAACAACAAAAGCUAGCAUGGGUGUGAUGUGUAUUCGGAGCUGAGACAUGUAGGAGGAGGAUAGUCUAUAUACAGAGUAAUAUUUUGUAAAAGCUGUAUUGUGCGGUUCUGGGAAGGAAGGAAGGAAAACGGUGGAAGGCAGUGCAGAGUCUGAACAAACAAGUCCUCAGCUCUCAUCUCUGACAUCGGCCUCCUUUUCUUUAGACAUUUGGAGGUGUUUGCUUCUCAUGAAGUCUGUGUCGUUAUUUUGGGGCAACGGUAGCAGAGUCCUCCUCUUCCCCAGUAGCAAACGAAGUGAGCUGCGGGGUCCUCGUCGCACCGUUAAAGCUCAGCUGUCGUGGUGCUGAGGUGUUCGAUGACUUCGGGUUUCACAGGACGGUGACACCUCGAGCAAGUGGUUGAUCUAGUGACGGCCACGACUGGAGAGAAGUGCAGUCAGUACAGAAAGAACUACUGCUUGCUCCCCUUAACUGACGUACAACUGAUGUGAGUUGGUUAUAACGUAUCAAAUAUUGCACCGUCAUGUUGCAGUGCGCUUUUCAACUAGCUGGUGUCUGGAGAACAGGUCUGAAUACUUUUGAAGUGAGCCAUCUCCAGGCCUGAAGACACAGUGCUGUAUCGUGGAGGGUUUUUAGGACAUCGACGUGCAUCACUGAGGGAGAAAUAAAGGCUCUAUUGAAUGCCUUUUUGAGGCGGCAAAUAGCCUGGAUACAAGAACACACACACACACGCGCAUACUUACAAACACACCCCUGAGUAAAUACGGCUGUACUGUCUCUGGUUUGUCUCUUGAGACGCCGCGCUGCUUCCUUGUCUUCCCUUCGCUUUCCCCCCCGAGGCAAAGACACGGGAGAGGCCCAGAAAUGAAUGCGAUACCAGAAUGACUCGGCAAUGCCUUUCACUGAAUAUGCACAAGUGGAUAAUUGAAGAAUCCUAAUGCGAGCAUGGCUGCGUCGAGCACUUGAGGCGGAAACGCUGCGCUUGUUUUUGCCCCCUUUUUUUCGCCAGUGUGUUUGAGCGAAGACGAGGUUUCAAAAGCCGGUGAGGGCGGUACACGCUGCGUGAGUAGUGGUGCAAACUUCCAUACUGUGAUGGAUCGAGAAGCUGCGAAUGCAACCCAACUCAAUACCUGCCUGCUGGCUGUGCUUGUGAAGCUUCUCCGCCCACUCCAAUAAGUCCUGACCUGUUCACAAGCUUGAACAAAGAUGGUUGAUCUGCAGAUUUUGUUCGUGAUUCUCUUUCACUUUGAAGAUUGUUCGGCUCAUUUAGGUCACACUGUUGUCUGUGUGCUUCCUGUAUUUCACUUGGCAGGAGAGUGACACCAUGCUGCGACUGUUUACUCUGUCAUAACGCUCUGGGCAGCCCUGCCCAGCGCAAACAACUGGCACCGCCAUCAACUGGACAGACAGACGGGGGGGUGGGUGGGGGGGGGGGGGAAAAAACAGAGGGCAGGACCAGUCGUGACUAAUCAGCUACUUUGUCCCGCUCUCACUCCACAUCUAGCUCUUAUUGGUGAGAACUGGACUUCGCUGUUUCCUCCAGCAGCAGGACUGGCUGCCACAGGCCUGGGAGCAGCUACUGUUCUGUCAGAGAGGAUCUUAGUCAUGGAGCGCUGCCAGCUAGAGCUGUCUUAAGAUCAGCUAUAAAAAGUUGAACCCCCUGCAGCAGGAGGGUUGCUGUUGUUGCCAUCCACCCACAAGGGACACGCUGCAGUACAGCUGGUUGCAUUUAUUUCAGGACUGGUUGCAAUCGUUCAGAUUCAGUUCCGGCUAUAAAUUACAUUUAACGCUACUUUUCUUCUUUGGGUAGAUAAUCAAUUAAUUAACACUCACUUUUCCCAAGCAAUCGGAAGAGUGUGAGAUCUCUGUGUCAUCAGAUUUCAUGAUAAGAGGGCAGCUUCUGAAUGUUAUGAUGUAAAUGGGGUGGUAGUAUCAGCAGGUACACGUAUGAUCCUUAUCGGUAAACCAGCCUCAUCCCACAGAGACGCAACGUGGUGUCUAACCUACCCAUCGUCCUCAGUUUUGGGAAUCAGCAAAUCUGCUUGUUCUCAUAAAAGCUUAAUUAUUUCUUCAGGAACCAACAACAUAACCUCCCUGACUGAGUCGGGAUGUGAUAUGUAGAGAGAGAUGGGGUAACGGAGGGGUGCAAAAUGAAAACACCAGAGAGAAAGAACGGGGGGGGUGGGGGCAGCUGAUAAGGCAGAGAGCAGCAGGAGGAUACAGAAAGUGCGGGUAGAAGAGCGAUGGAAGGAGGGAAACGAUAGUGGCACGAGGCGAUGGGUGAGAUAUGGAGAUAAAUGCGAAGAGGCGACGUGGGUCAGAGAGCUAGAUUAGAAACAGCAGAGGUCUGCAGUGCAGGACAGAGAGGGAGAUUUAACAGCAGAGAGAGGAAUGGAGUUUGGAGCCGUGUGCAGGUUAGAGAGGGAGGGAGGGAACACCAACAGAAGGAGAGACGUAUAAAAAUGCAUUGGAGUCCUUUUAUUCAUUGGUUUGAUUCCGGAAAACUUUAAAACCAAGAUUUUGAGCGGUCGCCCAGCAGACCAGUGUUUCCCCGUUCAACCAGUGAGAUAAGAGACCUCAUUUGUCUUGGAGGAGGAAGCAUUUAAUUCUGUUUUAUUUAUUUUUCACUAGGAUGUGGUCGGCACCCUUGGGCGAGGCUUCGGCUGAGCAGUGAGCUGCUAAAUCUGUGCAGAGCCGGUGGGCCGCCAGCGUCUGUGUAAGCUAGCUGGGUUUGUCCUUGGUGGCUGAGGCUAGGCCGCUAGGCUGGUCUGACCUGUAAUUGGAUUAGAGAUCUCUGCGUUGCAUCAGGCAAGGCGAGCCAAGUAUACACACACAUACUUUAAGAGCACAAGCGCCUCGGGGAGCCAAGUUCAUCUCGGUACUCGGGGCUCUGCUCCUCCUCAACUUUCUUCUUUCCCGGCUAUUUUCUUUAUCCCCUUUAAUCAACAACCCACCCAUUCCCCCCGCUGGCUGUCACGGGCGUACAAUCUUGCAUUUUUUUUGUGCAUAAGCACGUUAGUGUUGGUGUGCAUGUGUAUGGAUCAGCCCUGUGCUGUGGAUACCCUCUCUAAAGGGGAUUACAGUUGUUGCACCGGAGCCCCCGCUGAGAGCGCCCGGGAGGAAAAAAAGCACGGGAAGAAGAGAGGAGAAGAUUGUCAAGUGUGGAUAAUGAUGUGAAGCCUCAUACUGAACACCAUAGAUGUGAAUAUGAAGACAUCCUACUGUACUCAAAGUGAGGGCGCUGCUCUUGACCUUUUUUCAAUUGUGAACUUCCUGUGUUGCAGCUUUAGACAGGAAGUAGAAAUGAUGUCUUGGAUGGUUUCGACCUCAUUCAAAGCGUUGUCUUUGCUUCACUAACUGGAAGGAACUGGAAUAGAGCUCAUGAUAGUUUCUAAUAAUAUCUUUUGCAGCAGUUCCAAAGAAUAAUCUCGUGCCAGGAAACAAACUAAAACAAAAGCGAAAUAGAAAAACUUGACACUAUCUCUAUGCUUUACCUGCCAAGGACGAAACAGAGAACUAAAAGGUACCAGCUGUUACUCAUCGCUGUAACACAUGAGCAGGGCGGGGUGAGGUGUGUAGGGCAGGUUCAAACAAGAGAUUAAGAGACCAAAGUGCAGCAACCCAUACAACACAAAAAGUGUUUCCUGCGUGUGUGUGUAUAUCUGUACAUGCAUAUGUUUGUCAACGCUCACGUCGCACAUGUAGAUGCAGGUGAGGUGAGGGAAAUUAAACCGCGGCAAUGCAGCCAGUAAGAUUAGAGGGAGACGGCGAUGGAGGAGGCUUAAUAGCCGAUAGGCCGUGAGACCAGCAGCCAUAUGUUUCAUAUGUGUCGGCCGUAUGGCUCUGAUCUGCCCAUGUGGCCGGUACGUCUCCUCAACUUCCUGCCACCGUGACAGACAGCAUGUGAACAGAGAUACAGGGAGGGGGAGCAGGGUGUAGCUCUGAUGUGGGAGGAUCGUAAAGGAAGGACACACACACACUGCGAUUUGAGGCAAGUCACCCAAAUCCACACCCAGCUGAUGGUACUCGGUACCGAGCCCACGGAGACGGCUUAAAAUGUCUCGUUUUGUCCGCUCAACAGUCCAAAUGUUAAAACAGCAGCAGCUGUGUCUUUCUCUGCUUUUAAGAUGCAACAUUAGCAUCUCUACAUCUGCAGAUCUUAACACGGGCCACCUUGCUGACAGCUCGCUGAAGCCUGCUAAAGAUGAACGUGCGAGUUUGUCUAAAAAAAAAAGGAGGGAUGUGGGUGAGGAGCGAGAUGUUUUUGAGGGAAGAGCUUUCGUUGGAAUGAGAGCAAAGAGGGAGCUGGUGUUCGGGGUCAUCUGAUAUCUGCUGCUGGGUUAGGGUCAUUGUAUGGGAGCUGCUGACUGGGCCUCCCACAAGCGAGGCAGACAGCAGCUCAGUGCUGAACACAAGACGCACAACAGAGGAGUUGAUCCCUAUAAGGCUUCUGAUACUCCCUUUAGGAAGUGUGUGUAAACACGGAUACGUGUGAUUGACUGGGGAACAUGCUCUGUCCGUGUACCGUCACACACACACACACACCGUACUUCAUUAAAACACAGUGAAGACCUGGCAUACACAGCUGUGUGGCCUGGUGUCACAACACUGGCCUUUUCUUCUCUGGAGUGUGCUUCCAGCCAUAGAAACCUGCUAAAUGUGACCUUUUCUUAAAAAAAAAAAAAAAAAAAAAAAAAGGCCUUUUUUAAUCACCGGUGGCCUCUGGACUGGGUGGCUUGUGACAAACGCUACCACUGAGCCAACAGCCUGGUAGCAUUAAGAGCUGCGUUAAAAAGCUAGCAGCUCUUAAGAGUAGCUGUAACCGCGGGGUGUUUAUGAGGAGCGAAGGCGUGGCAGCAAAGCCAGCAGUUUAAUCCAGGAAGCCAGGGGAAGGGAGGAAGGACCUCUUCUCACCAUCAAGUCCAACUCAGUCUGUCGACACGAGAGCUUCACUGAAACAUAUUGUCGUGAGAGGCCGACUGUAUCUGUAUCAGUAGCAUUAAGUAUAUAAAGCUGUCAAAUUGUGAAACACUGAAUGUUUUGUCAGAUUCAUAGGCUUGUAUACUUUUUAUUUAGAUCUAAAUGGGAAACUUUAACUUUUUUAACAUUGGUAUUGAAACUCGAACUGUAUCGGCAUUAUUAUUAAAACUCUUUAAAUGAUACUCUGGCCCCUAGUUUUUGGUUUUUGGUUGUCAAAGACAAAAUUCAUCUAAACUCCAAGAAAAUGGUGAGUCCUUCCUUUCCAGUUUCAUCGUUAUAUCCAACAUUUAAUAUUCCCCUUCCUGUCUUCUGCCUGCUGUCUGACCCGUACUCCCAACUGGGGUGCUCUACCCACAGUAGCUGCCUUGCACUGGAAGCUCGAGUGGACUGAGUCAUACAUCAGGGGGGAGCGUGCGGAGCAGAGCGGGCUACUAGAGGAGUGUGCUGCUGAUUUAUUACCAGCCGUUAGCUGGUUAAAUGAGGCUAAGUGAGCGGGCCAGCUCGGGGAGGUGAGAUGGAAGAGAUUAGCCUACAUGAAGAGCGAUGGAGGGAGAAGAUUCUGUGAAGCGAACGGUGACUCCUGACCUCCUGUCUGUCGCAUACCGUUUCUCUUCAUCUUCUUCCUGGCCCCUCCUCUGCUCUGCUACUCUGCCCUUCUCUACUUCCUGGGGUCCAUCUCAUGUUGCCUCUGCAGAGCUGUGCUGCUUAUGUCCGGCUUUUUGAGAAGCCACAGGUAGGAAGAAGGGCUGUCUCAAAGCCCCUUUAAUCAUCAUGUCUCUUCUAACACACUCGACACACAGUCAUUAUGACCUUCGUGACUCCACUUCAAAAGCCAGGAUUUGUCAAGUGUGUGUGUGUGUGUGUGUGUGUGCGUGUGCGUGCGUGCGUGCGUGCGUGUGGGUCUAUGUAUGGCUCUGGAUGAGGCUAUAUGUGCACAAACUGGUGUGCUGGAUAUCCGCUCUGUAAGCUAUUCUGUCCGCAACCUUUUGGAUGAAGCGUCGGUUUGCACGUUUUGUUUCGCGCGCGAGCGAGAGACAAUGAGAACAACCGAGAUGCAUUCCCCACAUCCGGUUCCUCUCACAGAGGAACAGUAGGUCAGGGGUUGUUUUUUUUUUGGUCCGCUCUGUUGACUUUGUGUUUCUCUCAGGGCCGGAGGGGAGGGGGCAGAAAUACAGUGCACACAGAUGGUACAUUUUCUCAUGAUCCCCGGGGAUUGCGUUGUAACCUCUGCGAGAGGUAGUGGGGACUCUUUCAUUUGAAGACGUGUGUGUGUGUGUGUGUGUGUGUGUGUGUGUGUGUGUGACGUUUGGUGCAAGGAAGCUGACACUGUGGAGGUCACAAGGACUCUUCAUUUGGUUUCUGUGCUUCCCCGUUUCUUAUGUUGUACUUGCUGUUAUUACAGUUUUCUGUGCUCGACUCGCUCCAUGUUUGCUUGUUUGGCCCGGGUGUGUGUGUCCUCGUGUCCACCUGUAUCCGUGCCUCUGUUUGCAUAUGGCCUCAUGUUUGGCUUGUGUGUGUAUGUGUGUGUGUGUGUUGUCCCCUUCGUCUCCUUCUCGGCCCUCACCCCUGUGCUGUAACACGCUCUCCUUUCCUCCUCAUUGUUCUGCCUCUCCGACAGGCCAGGGGAGUCGGGAUCAUGAGCUCGUAGGAAGUCUUCGUCACUCGUUGCUCUGAAAAGCAAACGGUGAGAUGCACAAACACAGGAAGCGCUGGCUUCCUCAUGCGGGCUCCAGCUGGGCGUCUGUCACUCUGCUCUGCGUUUCAGAAAGAGGCAACGUGAGCUCCGUCUCUAACCGCACGUGUCUUUACUCUCACUUUCGGUCUCCUCUGUCUCGCUAUUGACGUGUCCCGUGCUCCGCCCGCGAUAACUGCUCUGGCUCUGUGUGCAGCUGCACCGCCUGCCUGAAUUCUGGUAAUUAGCCUUUGUGCCGUGUUUUAUAUUCGUUAAUUCGACAGUGUUAGUGAAGAGGCCUCUGGGAAAUUUGAUGUGAUGUCAUGCCAUGUGCUGCUGUGGUUUGCAGUUAUCGACAAGAAUGAUACAAAAUAGGGAAUGCACAAAACAUAUCGGUAGAUUUCCAGUUUCCGUUCCAGAAACUUAAAAAAAACACAGUGUGGGCAUAAGCUACCUGGCAAGACCUCCUCGAGCACCAGAGCUGUUGGGAGAUGCUCCGCGUGCUCAAAGCACGCUUUGUGUGACAAGUCUGGAGAUUUUAAUACAUUUGAAGGAAUGUCAGUUCACAUUUUCCUAUCUUUUGCAUAUGGAUAUAAGUGAUUCACAGCCUCCUGCUGAUGCAGAUCAGGACGGGUCACAUUAUCACUGCUUAACAAGUAGUUUAGAAAAUGAUAUACGUAAAAGGUGUGUGGUUUUACCUGCAUCAUUCAUUUGGGGAAAAGACUGCCGAGUGCAGAACCCACUUUUUUAGGAUGUUGUAGUCACAGUAAAGCUUUUUUGAAAAUAUAAAUCGGCACAUUGUUGUAGUUUUGAGAUUCCAAGGUUCUGUAUCUUAGUUUUUUUUCUGUAGCUUAGCUGCAUUAAAGGGGUUAAAUGAGACCACCUGGGGAAAUGAUGUUGAGUUUUGUUAAGAUAAGUAAUAAAAGAUCUCUACUAAAUCGAUUACUGACUCGUGCAAUCUGUCUGCGUACAUUCCAGCGUGAUUCGCUGAUUGUCACUAUUCUGAUACCGUGUUCCCACCGGCCUCAAAAAUCCAUGAAGGAAAAUAAACAUCUAAGAUUUCUGAAAAUGAAUAAAGAUCCACCAAACUACUUCUUCAGGAAAAUGAUAAAAACUACUUUAAUGUCACUUAAUCUAUGAAUACCCCUCAACCCAUGAACCUCUGACGGAGAUCUGCAUCGAUUUAGCCACAAUAGUAAUGAUGAGUAAAACAAUCAGGCCUCUGUGAUGUCAGUAAAGAUGGCCUCCAUUUAGAGGAAGCUAAUGGAGACGAAUAAACAAAAUGGAAAUAAAAUGACCUUGAAAGUCAUUGAAAUGGCCUGAUGUGCUGUUGAACCUUGUGAUUGACUGUAACAGGAAAGCAUCACAACGAGGACCUGUGUUUUAUUUCUCUAAAUGUUCUCUCCUGUGGUUGGUUAAUAACGCUGGCUGCCCUGAUAUCAUGCAGGCUCUCCUCAUCUCAUCUGGUUUGACCAGCAGAGAGAACUGAUCAUUUGCUUUAAACAGGAUUUUGAUGUAGUGUCGUCUUUUACCACAAGAGGGCAGCACAUGUCCAGUUCACAUGACUGUCCAGUGUGCAGGGGUGUGUGUGUAUAAUAAUCAAAAAGGACAAUAUGUAGCAGACAGUUGGUGGUGGCAUGAAGAGAAAUGUCGAUACAAGUGGAGAGAGAAGGGGAAGAACGAGAGAGAGAUCCAAUGAGCAUGAAAUCAGAUCUGGCUGUUGCGUAAUCAUGGCUUACAGGCCUUCUCUGUGUGCACCGGGCUCUGUCGACUCUUUCCAGUCCACUAUCGCAUGACUGUAUCAAGCGGCUGCAGCAUGAAACCAGCAAUACCAGUCCAGCACCAGCUAGAGACCGACACAGAGAUCAGUAGUGCCGUUCUUCUCUGUGCUGAGGCACACUCCUUUUAUUCAUUUUUUUAUUUUAAUACCUUUUUCUUUAUGUUUUCAUGUGAAGUUAAGGGGGUAGUGUAGAUGUUCAAAUCAUGAUUCAUUAGCGGUUGCACACAUUCACACACAUUCAAUGCGAAAGAAGAUCCGAGAUUUACUUUUCUUCACUGACGGUAAAAAGCCCAGAAGCUUUUAAAUGCGUUUCUCCACAAAGGAUCCAACAUGGCUGCUCAACAACUCGCCCUCAUGGCUUCCUUGCAGGCCUUCUUCCUCCUCGUCUCCCUCCGUUCAUUAAAUGCCCUAAAACGUCUUUCACAUACCAGCAAUACCAGACGUCCCUGAGGCAUCAGCGUUGCCUUCCUCCUUCCUUCCUUCCUUCCUUCGUCUUUUUAGAUCAUUUUUUUAAAUCUUCUAUCCUCACCUGCUGCCUCCCAUCUCAGGUGCAAAGCCUUUAUUCACAUGCCAGCAAUACCGGACGGCAUACCAGUCAACAGGACAUCAGUGAACGCCUGCACCUCUGCCUGCUGCCUCUCUCUCCUCACUGCUCCUCAGGCCCAGAGAGAGAAGGAGAACGUGGAGAUGCUUAUUUCUGGUAGGACAGUAGGUGGCGUCAUUGUCCCGCCGUCCUCAGCGGUUCUCCAUAUCAGCGCUUCACUGAGCAGUGUCCCUCAUCGCUCCCCGGUCACAGGAUGGAUAUGCAGACUGGCGACCACACAAUGAAUGAUUUUCCAUUUUUAGGUGAUUCAUAUUUGAUUCAUUAUGCAAGUUACUCAAGAAAAAAAGGCAUUUUUAGUAUUUUUAAACGGUGUCUUCUCCACACGGUCAGGAAUAACAUUCUAGUUGGUAAAUACUGAACCAUUUAAUUUAUUUUGCUGAACUGAAAGUCGUCGUAAUUACAUUGAGGUUCAAUCGGUGAAGAAAAUAGCCACUUUCUUUUAGUUUUUCCCUUCAGGCUCCAUAAACGCAAAUUCUGCUAAAGAAUAUCAGGAUUAUUUUCAUUGUCAAUUAAUUGUUCGCUUGUUAAAAUGAUGAGAAAUGUCACUGGCUGUCUGAUCAACGGCCCCGAACCUACAGACCAAUAUCGACUAAUGGUUUCAGCGUGACCAUAGUGUCUUCAUCAUUUUCCUUCCUUUUUUUGAAUUUAGAUUGUUUUUUUCCAACGCUAUUGCUGAGCUUUACACCAAAGCAAUGAUCAGUGCGUGGAUAACGUUGCAUUUAAUUUCCCUGAAUUUGAACAGAAACCAAAGCUGUCCAGAUAUAGAAAGAUAAUACUGAUUCAGCGCAGAGCCCGGAAACACCCAAACGUAACAUCCAGGAGACACUUGAGACAAUAUCAACAUCACUGUCAUUUUGAUGGUCAGACAGAGACCAGUGGACUAAUGGACAGACAGACAGACAGGCCCACUGAGGUAAAGGUGAGUUACUGGUGGUGUCCCCUCAUUGUGGGCCCGGCUGUGUGUGACAGACAGACUCCUGGCGUCGCCCGGCCUGCUGUACACACAGGCCCUUUCAUACUGCAGCGCUUGGCGUGGCCCCAGCUCACAUAUACCUCGAACUGUGCUCAGUGUGUGUGUUUAUUUGUGUGGGCUGAGACAUAUUUAGGGUGUGUUGGUGACAGAAACAGUACGUUCUUGGUGCUUGGCAGCAAAGACCCUAUGUGCAUUAAAUUGCGUAAUACACACACAUGUUUGCUGUUUCGUAAGAUUCAUCUUUUUUUGGCAUUACAGCAGGGAGUGGUGUGUGCAUGUGCGUGCGUGUUUGUGCACUGCGGUCCGGCAUUUAAUUGUGCAAUGUAUUCCUGGAAAGCCUGUGGAGGGGCCAGGGCUACAGCACAGCAGCCAGCGACUCUGGAAGCUUCUCUGUCACUUGGAACGUGGCAGAGAAGAGACUACGAGGUUAUGAGCAUUUUAGUUGAAUUCUGCAGCUUCCUCCUUCGACGAAAACAAAAAAAAGAAGGCAUUGUGCAGUUGCCUGGCGUCUUGAACACUAUUUGUAUGCAUGGACACAAACUUAAAGUUCACCUCAUUCUUGCACAACAUGCAGCAGGAAGAUGUGGGGACGGAUCUGAGCUCGAUGGGCCGAAGGGGAGAAAAGACAAGAGAGGGGGGGGAGGUGCGUGGAAGAGAGGCUUGAAUGGGGGAUUGCGAAAGAAGCAAGAAAGCUCAAAUUAGCUUAAUGAAGGGGCUGCAAGAGGAGCAGUAAAACCAAGGGAAGUAAAGGUGCAGGCGAUGAAUAAGUGCAGGAAGGAGGAAUGGAUUGAGACUGAAUAGAGGGGAGGGGGGGUUGAACUGCAUCAAUAAAGCUCCGGCUAAUUGUGCCUCUGCAUUCUCCAGUGUUCACCCGCUUUUCCUUCAACCGUCCUCUUUUUAUUUUGGACUCCAAACCUUCUCUGUCCUCCACAUUCUUCUCAUCCUCUGUUUAUCAUCUUCCUCCCAUAGUCCUCUUCCCCCCCUCCAGUGGCUGCUGUGUAACUCUGCAGUGACUGACUGAGCAGCAGUGAUGCGAUUGAUCAGCAGUUCUAGUGCCAGGCUGCUCUUCUUGUAAUAAACGAGCUCGGAGCCAUUGAAACCGACCCUGAGUGCUUUUGCGGGAGUGGAGGAACCACACACACACACACACACACACACACACACUUCACUUCUAUGACGCAAUGCUGAAUAACCCUGAAUGCUCUUAAACUUACCGCUUGCCUGGAUUCAUCAAUCUGUAUGGUAAUCCCUCCAGAUACACACACACAAAGGUUAAUAAGACAUUUCAUUAUUUUUUUAGCGGACGCAGUCUUCAGGAUCCUUUGAACUGAAUGUUUGCUCUUAGAUUACUUGUCCUUUAGUUAAUCUCUGUCGUUAUUAUCAUGGAGGUUAUUUAAAGUUUAGAAGUUUUCAGCUGAAAAUAGCUCCUUUUUUCUUUUCUUUUUGUCUUCAUGUCACUUCCAGAAAUCUUCAUAAACGUUCUAAAAACACAAUUUUUGGGGCUUCUUGCAAGUACUUAAGCACAUUACAUAAACAUCCUGGAUUUGAAUCCAGUUUGGGACCCUUGUUGCAUGCCCCCCCCCCCCACAAUGCUUUCUCAAUUGGCUGUAAGAAAAACACAUCUGGUCUUUCCAUUCGUCAGUCUUUGUGGUCUGGCCCUCUGCUCAACGUAUUCCCACUCUCCCCAUCCAUCUAUCUUUUCUAUUUUCCAACUUCUCUGUACCAACUUUCUUUUUUUUUUUUUUAGCCAUUACCAUAUAAUCCAAACUUGACAAAACAAGAGCUUUGACUCGCCCGCGCUGUAUCCAGUGUACACACAGUCCCAGGGGCGUACAGAUCAGGCGGCCAGCUAUCUUCCCUGAGGGCACACAAACACACCUGAUGCGCUGAGACGUCUGGCUGCAGCACUAAACAUCACACUCCAUCAUUGUAAAGUCAUUCCAGUGUCACCUCUCUCUCAUCAAAGCCAGUUUGAGCAUUUUGUAAAAUUCCUGCAGCUCGUUUUUUAUUGUCAUUUCUCGCCGCGUUUGUCACAGAGGAUGCUGAAAAUGCUGCAAAGCAUGCAGGGAUAUUACUCACUAGCCAGCCAGUGAUUGUGGUCCAUUGUUGUUGGUCAUUGUCCUCACUGCAGCACCUGGUGUGAGGUCGCGAGCUCGUAGUGGCAGAUUUAGUAGGUAGACCUCCUGUUUUAUCAUCGUUAAAGGCGAAUUACCGCCUGUACAAUCAUUUGUAAUAAUCCAAAGUGUAAUUUCCUGAAAUCCACUGUUUCUUUCUUUAUUAAACCACAUCCCCCUAUUAUGUACUCUAUUUUGUUCCUGCAUGUUUACCAGCAUCAUGCAUCACGAAUUGUCCAUUAGAAAGAGACACACGCCUGCUCUGGGAAGGACUACUUUGGCUUUAAAUGGCAUUAAUGGAUCCUCGGUCCUAUUCUUAGCCUUAAAUCUGUCUCACUCUUCAGGCGUUGACCGGAGCUGUGUUUGGAGUCUGCUUUGUGUUCAGCAUAUGGAGGAAUAUACACAUAUAUGUGUGUGUGUGUGUGUGUGAGUGUGUGUAGCUCCUCAGAGAGGAAACGCUGUUGAAACACGACAGCGUCCCCAUUAUCGUGAAUGGGGAGAAGAAUGAAGCUGGCUCGCAUCGGUGACCAUUUUUCACAAAGAUCUGGCUUUCUUUGUAUUUAGACGUGGCUUUAGCUCGGUGUUAUGUGGCCGAAUGAAGCCGCAGGAGUGCAUCUAGAUGUGGACAUAAUGGAAGAAAUGGUCCACGUUUCUUCUGGUGUGUUUUGGUAGUAAACGCGCGGUGGCUUGCGUCAGCGAGGCAGUGCACACUAAGCCCACCCGGCCUCAACCGGACUCCGUGGUAAAAUCACGGGAUUUUAAUUUGUUCCCAACUUGCAUCGCACUCCACCGAUACGAGCUCCUAUUGUUUGAAUCGAAACGCCUGCAGUCGGAGGAGUCGUUAACCCUGCCCCACGGAAACUAGUCCGACAGGGAACUAGGGGAGGAGGAGGAGGAGGAGGUCUGGGAAGCAACGAUAGAGAGAGAAAGGUGCUGGAGGAGUGAGUGUGAGAGAGAGAGAGAGGACUGCAAAGAGCAACUCCGUAUUGUUUCCGCGUUUUGUUUGUUCUGCCGCCGUCCGGAGGAGAGAGAGACACGCUGGGGUCUCUUUCUUUCGUGGCUGCGACUAAAAGCUGAAACGCCGUCAAUUCUGGAUUUCUUCAUCCGCUUCCUGUCGUCCAGGAUGAGGUUUAAACGGAACGGGUCCUAUACGCUGACUAGGUAAGAGACGGACGUCAUGUUCGCAGCGGUAACUUGAUAACGCGUUAUCCAUAUGGAGAGGAAGAGGAGGAAGAGGAGGAGGGAGGACAGCACGUUUUGUGAUAUGCUUAGCUCAUAAAUCAGUUCACUUUACCCUGUGAUGUCUCCAUGGAGGCUUACAGUGUCUUUAUUGCCUUUAUAUCCUACGAUAACUCUUCAAUAAUGCUAAAGCACACUUUUUAUUACAUUAUGCAGUUGAGCCUACUUCUUUAUUGUGAUCUGUAUUCAGGUCUACAUCUGGUAAGAAAUCACUGCACGUAUACAGUAUGAUGCCCUGUUGCUGCAAACAAAAUUACAUUGAUAAUAUAAUUUAUCAUCUCAUUGUGGCACCCACGUCUGUGGAGCAGGAUCAGGAGAAACCUGUCCGUCUUGCUUUUAAGGGUGUGGGGGGUGUGGGGCUCUCCCUUUUGUUUCCUCAAUCCCAUUAUGGAAAAGAGCAAAAGUAUCUCUCUGCUCCCUCCCUCUUUAUCUUUCUCUCUCCUUCCCCUUGGCAGAAAUACCCCCUUCUUGCCGUCCCAUCACCUAGCAACUUUGUAUGCGUUUGUGUAGCAGUGUGAAUGAUGUGCACUACAUGUGUCUGCUGCCCCCCCUCUCCCACUUACCCGUGACAUGAUUGCAACGGCCUGUAUUCAUAUCCUGGCGUUUCUAAACCCAGUCACGAGUCGGGUCUCUCCCCCGGCCCACUGAUUCGGUCUCCCUCUCUCUCCUCAUUGUGUUAUCUCUCCAAGUCACGAGUUUAUAAGAAAAAAGUCUUUCUUUGUCUGUCUGCCAUCCGGACGGAUGUCUUGCUUUUAUUGUUGGUCUGGAUUUCAUGAUAAGGCCCAAAAGUUUGAGGAAGUACACACACACACACAAGGUGACCCACGAGAACUUGCUCAUAUUGUUGAAAGUGACAGUUAAUGUAAUGGCAGUUUCACUUCUUUUCACUUUUCCUGUGGCACACCCUUUGCCUUGUUACAGGGCACAUGACCUUCUGCUGUACUUGACACACACACAAACCCACAUCCUGACUGUUAGGUGCUGAAACACAAAGAGAACAAAUGAGUGCCAAAAACCCACUUAUCGCUGUACACCCCUCCUCUGUUCCUCAUGCAAGAUCCCCCCCCCCCCCCCCCUGCCUUCAUUGUGUGAGCAAUGGUGUCACGAGUGUUGCAAGUGUGUAUUCCUGUGUGUGUGUGUGUGUGUGUGUGUGUGUGUGUGUGUGUGUGUGUGUGUGCAGGUGAGAGAGAUGAAGUAAUUAAACAGUGAAAGAGGAGGCCUGUUAGCUCCUGGUGACAGGCCUCCAGGGAGGAGGAGGAGGAGGAGGAGGAGGAGGAGGAGGAGGAGGAGGAGGGAUGACGUCAUGGGAUGUAAAAGUGCUUCGCGGAGCUUCUGCGGUCCAUCUUUGUCAUCUUUUAUCUCAACGAGAACAGGAGCAGAGUGGAGCAGCGGAGGGAGGACAAACUGUGUUGUCCUGCGGUUAGGUGAAAAUAUUCGCUAGCUCUGGCUACUGUUGAAUCCAUCUCACUGUUCAGGAGUUCUUUGAUGAGGAAGCGACACAGUAAAAGCCAAAAGCGUCCCCCUGUGGUGGCUACAUAACUGCCGUCCUGUAAAGGGGGGGGGGGGCCGUCUUCUCUGCCUCUGUUGUCGUUUUCUCGGCAGGCUGUAGUGUUUAGUUUCCUCUGGACGGAGCGCCGUUGGGCCGUUUGAUAUCGAGCGUCAGUGUGCCGCUGUGUCGGCUGCCUUUUGUCGCGGUCGGCUAAUUAAUCCUGUGUCCUGUCUGACUGCAGCCUUCGAUUACAGCAUAUCACACACACACACACACACACACACACACACACACACACACACACCUCUGACUGCUGCAGUGCUUUUGGAAGCGUUUGUGUGUGUUUUUGACGCGUAAAGAAGCAAGUGAACAGCAGAGGGCAAAAGCAAGUUGAUCGCUCUCAUUGAAUGACACAGGGAAGAGAUGGAAGGAGGCCCAUGAUUCACCCUGUGUCCUUCACCUUAUUUGCCCGCACCAACAACACAAGUACUCCGCAGUGAUUGGCUCGCUUCCUGGAGGCUUGUGUCCGCGCUAGCCCCUCCCAUCCCGUACCUCUGCAUCAUUUGUGUGAAUGAAGAGUCCCGGUUAUACGUGCAGAUCCCGUGCUGCACGUUUCUUCAUUCACGUGUCCAGUCCCUCCUCGGUGUUGACUCGAGAGUUGAUAAUUAGCCACGCUGUUAUAAUGCAGCCACGUGUCACUUCAUGUGCAGAAGCAUGGAGAGCUGUCAACUGGCUGCACUGAUUAACUGUUCAGAGAGGGUUGACGGGAUUUUGACCCCGACUCAGAUUGAGCAAAAGGCACGUGUGUUUGUUUUGUGUGAGCGAUGGGUGGAGAUAGGAUGUAUACAGAUGAUUGAGAUUGCGCUCUCUCUCUCUUUCUCUCUCUCUGUUUCUCUCUCUCUGUCUCUCUCGGUUUCUCUCUCUCUCUCUCGCUCUGUCUCUGUCCCCUGCAGUCCACCCUGUGCUGCCCAGCAGUCAGCAUUUUGUUUAUGGGACGCUGUUUGCCAAGCUAAUCUUCCCGCCUUUCAAAUAGGAGCCAGCAAGCGAAUGAGAGAGAGGGAGAGGGAGGAAGGGAGAGAGAGAGUGAGUGUGAAAGUGAGGCAGGCAGGCAGCUGCAGUAGUUGGAAAGGAGAGGGAGAAAGAGAAACAUGCUCAGAGGAGUGUGUCUGGUUUUGUGAAUGAUUUUUGAAGUAUUUCUGCAUAUUUACUUGGCUGACUCCCUCAUCGGCCUGCGUGCGUCCGUCCGUCCGUCCGUCCUGCGUUGAAGCCAGAUGCCGCUACAGUAGCUGUUCGAUUACAAGAGGUGCUAUGCUGCAGCCGCUGCACCUGUAGCCGAGUUUUGCAAGAGCGGAGACGGGAAGGUGAAGGGGAGGAAGGGUUCACCGCUGACUGGAUGGGGGUUCUGGUGUGCUGCGACUGCUUCUUCUACCGGAAGUCGAAGGCGAAGCCAAAUGGAAAGAAGCCUCCGACAGAAGAGAAGAAGCAGUACCUGGAGCUGGAGUACACAAAGAUCCGUGUGGUGGAUUUUGACCUGAAAGAGCUGGUGGUGCUGCCCAGAGAGAUAGACCUCAACGAAUGGCUCGCCAGCAACACGACGACUUUCUUCAAUCUUAUCAACCUGCAGUACAGCACCAUCUCAGAGUUCUGCACUGGGGACACCUGUCAAGCCAUGACGGCCUGCAACACAAUAUACUACUGGUAUGACGAGAGGGGGAAGAAGACAAAGUGCACUGCUCCACAAUACGUCGACUUUGUAAUGAGUCUUUGUCAGAAACUGGUCACAGAUGAGGAAAUCUUUCCUACGAAAUAUGGCAAAGAGUUCCCCAACUCCUUUGAGUCCUUGGUGAAGAAGAUCUGCCGGUACCUGUUCCACGUGCUGGCUCACCUCUACUGGGCGCACUUUAAAGAGACAGUGGCUCUGGAGCUGCAGGGCCACUUGAACACUCUGUAUGCACAUUUCAUCGUUUUCGUAAGGGAAUUCAACCUGGUUGACCCCAAGGAGACCUGUAUCAUGGACGACCUGUCCGAAGUUCUCUGCACCCCCGCCCCGCCCCCUGCACCCACCCCUGCCCCCUCCGCUCCGGCCUCGGCGCCCUCCCCGUCUUCACAAAACCACGUGACGGAGAGAUGAGCGGGGGGCGGCGGUGAGACAGCAGCCCCGGGGGUGAUUGAAGAUAAGAUAGAGGAGAGAAGGAAAGACAGCCUGGCCCCCUUCCUUGGUGCCAGCAGGACUUAAAGACCUUCCACUACCCUUAUAUUUCGCUAUGACACCAACCAACCAACCAGCCGGAAGGAAGGAAGGGGGGGGAGGGGUUUUGAGGAGUUUGGGGUAGCGGGGAGGGGUUUGUCACGCCAGCAGGAAUUGGCGUGAGCAUUCCUCCCAGGGGCAAAUCCCUCCCAUCUUCUCUGCAAUUUAAACUAGGAACAAAAAAUUAUGUGUAUGUUUUAUUUUUGGUUUUAUUUCACUUUUUUAUUUUUUUUUGUUGAAGUUUUAUUCGGUUUUAUUUUUUGUUGUGGGGCGGGGUGCAGCGUGGCCCUUCACCUCCCUGUAUCCUCGACCUACCGUACAGUACAGGAAGGGGUUUCUGCUUUGCUUCAACCUGCUAGUGUACAGCGUUGUUAAUGUGAGGAGAAGAGGUGUUUCUCCUCACCUGCAGGCUCCUCCCUCCCUCCUCCUGCAGCCAAUACGCUGGCCAGUAGGGAGCCACGUUACUGCCUGACGGGCCGAUACUAGCCAAUCACUGUUUGGGUUGUUUAUGUGGGGGAUGAUUGAAGCGCUUCCUACUCAGGACCUAAGAGAAUAUGUCACUGCUGCCAGAGAGAAGUUAGUCUCUUUCUUUUUUUCAUUCUCUGUUCCUUGGUCACCAGACUGCUCAGCCCUUCAUAUGGCCGAUGUUGAUCGUGUUUAACUACAGUAUAGUCACAUCAUCGCCUGGUGUACCCCUAACAGACAUGUCCCAGAGUCCAUCUGUAGAGGGCAGCAACCACAAAGAGAAGGCAACAGAAACAGGGAGAUGGAGAAGAAAAUGUAAAGAUUGUAUGAUAGAUAUUUAAUCUGAUCAGAGAGUCAAGACAGACUGGUGCCGAUAUGAGGCUGAAUCAGAGUUGCGUGCUGGUGCUCAGCAUAGCAGCAGCCACUUGAACCACCACCGACACCCACUUCAGCAGCACAGAAGGACAAAGACAUGAGGUAAUGUCUGCAGGCCCAGAUGGAGACAGAGUGAGGGGUGGGAGUAGAUGAUGUGGAGCUGCUCUGCUGUGUAACAGUCGGCUGUACUCCCAGUGCAGAACUCAAAUUCUCCACUCCCGGUUUAUUAUUUUUUACCUGUCCCGUUUCAAAUUUGCUUUUUUUAAAAGAUUAUCAGAGGAAAACUAGUUCAGAAAUAACAACAAUAAUGGUAUCAUUACACAUGUAUAGAAAAUGCACAGUCUGCUUGGACUUUACUGUACAAAGAAUCGCAAGCGGGUUCUCUCAGACAUAGCCUUUGUAUGGAGGAGGAUUGGGUUUAUAAUUCUCCUUUUUUAUUUAUUUAAUUUUUUUUCUUUUUUUUGUGCAGGGUUCUUCAGUUCUGGCUCUCGUUUUUAUGUAUUUUAAUUAUUAACUAAGUUAAAAGCAAUUUAAUAUUUUAAGCUCUGCGGAUUAUAAUCUAAUAAAAGAGAGAAAUGCCACUUUGUCUCAGAGUCUUUUGUAUUUAUGUGUUUGUGAAAAUGAUGCAAAAGGGAAGAAACAUGAGCGUGUUGUGUGCAGCUUCAUAAAAAGAGGACUUGACUGAAUCCUCCCAUAGUUUACUCGGGUUUACCCGAGGUAGAACUAAACAGGACCAUGUUCUUUCAUCAUUUUGAUGAUGAUGUUGUCACCAAACUAUUUUAUACAGGAAAAUACAACAAAAAGUGAUUGAAAUUGCUAUGGAGCUCAAGAUUUCUAAAUGUAUCUCCUCUUUCAAGUUUUUAACUAGACACUCCAAGCUCCACUAAAACAAACU